AUGAUACGGACCGUUGCGCAAGACACUGGAAAAAGGGAUGUCGGGAGGGAGAUGAGGGAAGCGUCACAAAUCCCCACUUAUCUCCCUUUGUGCCCCUCAAGCUCUCUCCUCAUUUCCCCGCUCUCCCCUCGCCUCCCCGCUUUCUCCUCCUCUCUCCCGCUUCCUCUUCCUCUCCCCCGCUCUCCCUUCAUCUCCCCCGCUCUCCCCUCAUCUCCACCGAAAUCCUCUCCUCUCCCCCUAUUCCUCCCCCCCCCCCCCCCCUCUCCCUGCACUCCGAGGCGCGCACUUGCUCCCCCCAUUUUGCAACCCCCUCUCAACCCCCUCCAUCUCCCCUCCGCCACCCUCUUUCCAGGCCUCUCCCACCCUCUUCCUCCCACCCUUCAUCUCCCUCCCCCUUCUCCCCUCCCCUCCUCCCCGCCCCCACCCCUCAUCUCCUUCACCCACCUCCCCCUUACCUCGUCCUUACCACCCCUCAUUCCCCCCCGCCCUCCCUUUCUUUUCCCACACUCAACCCUCCCCACCCGCCCCAUUAGCAUCCCCUUCCAUCCCUGCUCCCUCUCUUCCCUUUUUGAGGCUCCUCAAAAUUUUCCCCCCCACUCAACUAUCAUCUGCCCCCACCCAUCCACUCCCCGUUUGCAUCCCCCAUCCAUCUCUGCACCCCCCUCUUGUUCCCCAUUAUGCAUAACCGGCAGUUCGUUAAAGCUCUUCCCCACUUCCCUCCACGCCCUCACAACCACUCCCCCAACUCCCCUCUUCCCUCAACCUCUCAUCUUCCCUCUCUCCCCCUUUCCCACCCUGCUGCUACUUGCCUUCCCUCCAUCUCUCUAG